CAUGCGAAUUAUGAUUCCCUAAUCCCUAAAACCCUAACCAUAAACCCCAUUUGUCUUUCAUCUCCAGGCUCAGAUAAAUCCGAUUCGUCGCUCCUUCAAUCCUGCCGCUGAUUUGAGAAAAUCUCGUAUUGGGGAUGGCUCGUUUACGGAAUAAAAAGAGGAAGGUGUUUGUGAAGCCGGUUGCGAAGAAGCAGCCAAGUGUGGAUCAUGUAACUGGAGAAAAGAUUCCCAAAAGCUUCGUGUUUUCAAGGGGAAAAUUGCCUGGUCCUCUCAGACAGCUGCAAAUGGACUUGAGAAAGUUGAUGCUUCCUUUCACUGCUCUCAAGCUCAAAGAGAAGAAGCGAAAUAAUCUCAAAGACUUUUUGAAUGUUGCCGGGCCUAUGGGUGUCACUCAUUUCCUUAUCCUAUCAAAAACGGAGUCUGCACCAUACAUGAGGGUUGCUAGAACACCCCAGGGCCCUACUAUCACGUUCAAGAUACAGGAAUACUCAUUGGCAUCUGAUAUUGCGCAAUCUCAGCUGCGCCCAAGAUGCCCUCAAGAUCUUUUCAAGAAUUCACCCUUGAUUGUGCUUUCUGGUUUUGGCACUGGAGAGCAGCAUCUAAAGCUUACAACUAUCAUGUUCCAGAAUAUCUUUCCUGCUAUUGACAUAAACACUGUCAAACUUUCCUCUUGCCAAAGAAUUGUGUUGCUUAAUUACAAUAAAGACACGAAGCUUAUUGAUUUCCGCCAUUACUCAAUCAGAUUACAACCUGUUGGCAUCUCGCGCAGAAUUAGAAAAUUUGUACAAAAUCAUCAAGUGCCUGAUUUAAGAACUCUUCAAGAUGUGAGCGAUUUUGUGACGAAGGCUGGUUAUGGGUCAGAAAGUGAAGCAGAUGAUGAAGCUGCAACUGUUAGCCUGGCAGCAGAUCUUGGUAGAGCAAAUCGGGUGUCUACAAAAAGUGCUGUGAAGCUCCAAGAGAUUGGGCCUCGUUUGACACUUCAGCUCAUGAAAAUUGAGGAAGGAUUAUGUUCUGGUGUAGUCAUAUUCAGUGAAUAUGAAAAUAGUAAUGCAAAAGAGAAGCAGGAUAAGAAAGAAAGAAAAGAAGGAGAAGAUGGUGACGAUGAAGACAAUGAUGAAGACAGCAAAGAAGAAGAAGACGAUGAUGAUGAGACCGAAGACUUCAAUAAAGAAGAAGAAUAGGAGCUAGAAAAUAAGGAAAAAUUAAUUUGAGGCAGUCUUCAUUCUUGGAGAUAUUAUAGUUCUUUGUUAGAUUCCCUUUUAGACCACUAUUGAAAACCAAAAUUUUACUUCAAUAUCUUAAUAUAUAAUCUUAAUUUUGGAUUUCAGACUACUUAA